GUACACGCUAAGAAAAAACGCCGGGCGUACCUAAGAAUUCGUGUCGUAACUAGAAAAUAACUGUGUACACUGCUCGCAGCGGUGCACGAAAAAAAAUCUUGUCUGCGCAAGACACGACGCGGCGAACGUUGUUGCGGAGCGGCGGGGGGGCGGUGUAGUAGGGUUGAGCCAGCCCAGUUUUUGUUGUGCGUUGUGCGUUUGGUGUGGACGUGUAUUGCAGCGUAGAGUACAAAAUGGCUGAUGAGUUACUUAUAACUUUAGUAGAAGGACGACCGGUAUUGUGGGACAAAACUUUAGACAUAUAUAAAGAUAAAAGACUCACAUACGAAGCAUGGAGAGAAAUAUUUACUAUCUUAAACAAAGACUUCGACGAAAUGACAAAUGUCAAAAAAAAUGAAUAUGCAAAGUCUACAGCAAAAAAAUGGACAAGUUUGCGAGAUAGGUGGAUGAAAUGUCACAGAAGACUUAAAGAAAUGAAAUCGGGAUCGGGUGCUAAGAAGAUUCGUAAAUGUGAUUUUUACGACGAAAUGUUAUUUUUGACAAAAAUUGUAACACGCCGAGACACUGAGUCAAAUAUACCCGAAACAACAAACGUGGAAAAAAGUCCCGUAGAACAUACACCGAUCGCGAAAAAAAAGAAACAGGAUGUUAGCGAGGUGGACAAAAAUAUGGCAGAAUUUAUAAAGGCUGUUACCAAAGAAGAAGAGAGCCGUGCCAUGUCAUUUUUUAAAAGUAUAGCUCCGAGUGUUGAUAAGUUCAGUGAUGAGGAAAUGGUGGAUUUCCAGUUUGAAGUUUUAAAACUUGUGCGUUCUACGCAACAACGAAAGGGAAGUGAUGUUCAGCAUCAAUGGAGUACUGAGUAUUACAAAACAACGCAGCCUUCUACGUCGUCAUUUAACGUACCCGGCCCAUCAUACUCGACUCGACCAGGUUACAGUACUCAAAAAUCUACAUCCAUUGAAUUUGACACCGAAACUAUUAGUAGUGUGGAAACAUCGCAUACAGAUGAAUUUCACUUUGACUUUUCUGAAGAAUAUGAACAUGUGGAGUCUGUUGAAUUUGGAAACAUGUAACACUUCAAAGACAUUUAUUAUUGUAUAACGUUCAAAUCAAUAUGCUUAAAAAAAUUACUUACCUUAAUG